UGCAGACUGUCCCAUAUCAUAUUGUUUUCGUUAGCCAACCCAAGCAAAUCACAAAUCAUAGCAACAUGCUGACUUUUGAGGAAAUCGUUGAGAAGGCAAAGAGCUUCAGCAAGACUGUCAAGAAGGAGGACUUCUUGGAGUUCUACGGCUAUUACAAGCAGGCCACCGUUGGCGACUGCAACAUUGAUGAGCCUGAGGAUCCCGAGAAGAAGGAACGCUACCUGGCCUGGAAGAGCAAGGCUGGUCUUACCCUCGAGGAUGCCAAGCAGCACUACAUGGAGGUGUACAAGAAGUACGCCGCCAAGUACGAGUAAAUUGUGCAUUUAAAUCAAUUCUUCAUAAGCCUUUUAGUAUGACUAUUUUAAUUUGCAAAUGUCGUUGUUAAAUAUGUAUUUAUUGUAUUUUUAUAUUCACGUUA